AUCCUCUCUCUCUCUCUCUCUCUCUCUCUCUCUCUACAAAACCCUUCGAAUGUGAAAGGAAUUGCAGUGCCAUGAUAUAGAUAUAUAGAUAUAGAGAGAGAAAGUGUAUCUUUGCGUUUUAGAAAGAGGGUGAUUGUCAUAGACCCACCAGAGAUUAAAUUAAGUUCCCAUCACUAUUUCUCAUAAAAAGAACUUCCACAGAGAGAGAGAGAGAGCUUCUUCAUGUGAUCAUGGAAGGAGGUGAUGAUCAUCUUCACCGGCCAAACUUUCCAUUCCAGUUGCUCGAGAAGAAGGAAGAAGAAGCCUGCUCCAGCUCCGGCGCCAACCGGAGCCUCCAGAUCUCCGCCGAGACUUCGAAGAAGCCGCCGCCCAAGCGGACCUCCACCAAGGACCGCCACACCAAGGUCGACGGCCGCGGCCGCCGCAUCCGCAUGCCUGCCCUCUGCGCCGCCAGGGUCUUCCAGCUAACCCGCGAGCUAGGCCAUAAGUCCGACGGCGAAACCAUCGAGUGGCUCCUCCAGCAGGCCGAGCCCGCCGUCAUCGCAGCCACCGGCACCGGCACCAUCCCUGCCAACUUCACCUCCCUCAACAUCUCCCUCCGCAGCUCCGGCUCCUCCAUGUCCGUCCCUUCCCAGCUCCGAUCAUCUUCCUACUUCAACCCUAAUUUCUCCCUUCCCCAACGCCGAACCUUAUUCCCUGGAAUCGGCUUAUCAUCUUCGCCCGAUACUUCCUCUUCAACGCUUCUCAAUUUUCAAUCAACAAACCCUAACCCUAUGUUACAAGCCAAACCAGAGCUGCGAGACAACAAUACGACAUCUUUGGAGUUGUCGGAGCCGGAGGAGAGCAUGAGCCGGAAACGCCGGGCCGAGGAGCUCUCGACGCAGCACCAAAUGGGCAACUACUUGUUACAGUCGAGCACCGGCGCCAUGCCGGCGAGCCACGCCUCAAUUCCAGCGAAUUUUUGGAUGGUCGCCAAUUCCACCAAUCAAGUCAUGAGCGGCGACCCGAUUUGGACGUUUCCAAAUUCAGUAACGAACAGCGGUUUGUAUCGAGCCGCCACCAUGUCCAGCGGCUUACAUUUCAUGAAUUUUCCGACUCCCGUCGCCCUACUGCCCAGCCAGCAAUUGGGCACCGGAAUUGGCAGCGGCGGAGGAGGAGGAGCGGGCGGCGGCAUGAAUGAAGCACACUUCGGAUUACUGGCGGGAUUAAAUUCCUACCGGCCGGCCGGCGUAUCGGAAUCUCAAGCGAGCGGCUCGCAUUCGCAUCACGGAGGCGAUGAUCGACACGAUUCGACGAGUCACCACUCAUAAACCAUAUCCGUAACUGUGUGUAGUUUGAUUUGUAACACACGCGAGGGUUUGAAAGAGGAUGAGAGGACCAUAUUUUAACAAGGGUGGGUGGUAUUAUUGGUUGUUUUUUGCUAAUUAAUUAAAGCCUUCCUUUCA